AUGGAUGAGUACACAGUCCAGUCAGUGCUUGGAGAAGGAUCAUUUGGGAGAGUUCUUUUGGUCCACCAUAAGAACGGAAGCCAGAAAUACGCAAUGAAGGAAAUAAGACUUCCCAAGUCUGAUACACAGAGAUCUUGGAAUGAAUCUGUUCUGUUGGCUAAGAUGAAACACCCAAAUAUUGUCACUUACAAGGAAUCAUUUGAAGCUGAUGGACACCUGUACAUAGUGAUGGAAUACUGUGACGAGGGAGAUCUCCUGCAAAAAAUUAAGCUUCAAAAGGGAAGGUUGUUCCCAGAAGAUACGAUACUUAACUGGUUCGCGCAGAUGUGCCUGGGUGUGAAGUAUAUACACAACAGACGUGUAUUGCACAGAGACAUCAAAUCCAAGAAUAUACUUCUCACGCAAAAUGGAAAAGUAAAACUGGGAGAUUUUGGAUCUGCACUUCUUCUUACCAGCCCGAAGGCAUACGCUUGUUCUUACGUGGGAACCCCUUAUUACGUGCCUCCAGAAAUAUGGGAAAACACACCUUACAACAAUAAAAGUGAUAUAUGGUCCCUAGGAUGCAUUUUAUAUGAGCUGUGUACUCUUAAGCAUCCGUUUCAAGCCAAUAGCUGGAAACAUCUUAUCCUAAAGAUAUGUAACGGAUACUACAGCCCUCUUCCAUCCCACUAUACUUACGACCUUCACUAUUUGAUAAAGCAAAUGUUUAAGAAGAAUCCCAGGAACCGUCCAUCAGCUAGUACAAUUCUUAACAGAAACUGCUUGGCGAAGCUUAUCAAAAAUUUUGAUUCAGCAGAGGAGGAAGGAAAAUACACAAGAUGCAAGACUAGCUGUUCAGAACUGGAGCUUGUUUCCAAGGGACUCAGUGAAAUGGGAUUGGAGAAAACAGGUAUAGAUGUAGUAAAAGCAGCUUUACCAAGCCCCCAGAGACGACAGUGGGAAAAGGGAAGAUCCAGUACUGUGGUCAACAUCCUAGACAAGGCCCCUCUACUUUCUUCCAGUGUUACAACCAAAGAGGAUGCAAGUGGUCAAGUGAGAAAAUAUGGUGAAAAUAUCACACGUAAGCAGUGGACCAAGCAGCCUCCUGAAACUGUCUUGAAUAUUCUCCACAAUGCUGAUAUCAGUUUAGCCUUUAAAACAUACACCAUCUACAAAGCAGGCUCAGAUGAUCUAUUGAGAGGACCACUUACUGAAGAAACCAAAGCAUCUGAUGAAACAGAUGGUGAAAUUACGAUGGAGGGCCCUGAGAGACUUGAAUCAAGAUCUGAUGAGGAAGACACGGACUUUGAAGCAGAAGAUGAUCCAGACUGGGUUUUUGAACUGAAAAGGAUGACCAAUUUGGAGUGACGGACAACAGAAAAGAUGAA